GUGAAGAGAUCAUGUAUUUUAAUUUUUCAGAACCAUAAUGGGCAAGAAGAGUGCCAUACAGAAGUCAGCAAAAGGAGAUCUUAUUCCGACACCAGGGCCUUUGGAACAGCAAAUCGAAGGUGCACGGAUAGCAAAAGCUCGGUCAGAGGAACGAGCGAAAAGAAAACGCAAGAUUGAGCAGAAGACUGAUGAGUUCAUACCAAAUGCUCUUUCUGAAAAGAUCAUCUCGCAAGCGAGGAAGCAAAUCAAUGACAUUGAAAGUGAGGAUGGAACCAUGGAAGUUGAAGCUAACAAGAGGAUACGAAAUGUCAGCCUGGGUGGGACAAGCGAGCAAGACUCCGACUUAGAUGAUUUUCCCGAGGAUGAUGAUGGUUACGAAGAUCAAGUCAUUCCCCUUGAUCCUAAGGACGAAGCUGAUUUGGAACGGUUCAUGGUUACCAAAGACAGUGGUACAAAGACAUUGUACGAUAUUAUCCGUGCAAAAAUCGAUGCAAAAACAGACGAUGCGGAACUUGCUUUGAGCACUGUGGAUCCUAACGAGUUCAAUAUCAGAGACCUUGACGCAGAAGUUGUUGAGAUGUACAAGCAAAUAGGAAAAGUGUUGUCGAAAUACAGAAGUGGAAAAAUUCCAAAGGCUUUCAAGGUCAUACCGAAGAUGGUGAAUUGGGAACAGAUUUUGUACUUGACUGAUCCCGAUGGUUGGAGUGCAGCAGCUAUGUAUCAGGCCACUAGACUUUUUGCUUCUAAUCUCAAUCCGAGAAUGUGUCAGCGUUUCUACAAUCUUGUUUUACUUCCACGAUUGCGUGAUGACAUUGAUGAGUUCAAGAAGCUUAACUUCCACUUGUAUCAGGCUCUUUGUAAGGCUAUGUACAAGCCUGCUGCUUUCUUCAAAGGCAUAAUACUUCCACUUUGCGAGUCAGGAACGUGUACCUUGCGAGAAGCAACCAUCUUCAGUUCUGUCUUAGCUAAAGUGUCAAUACCGAUGUUUCAUGCGGCUGCUGCUAUGUUGAAGAUCGCUGAGCUGGAGUACAAUGGUGCUAACUCAGUGUUUCUUCGAGCACUCAUUGAUAAGAAAUUCGCUCUCCCCUACAAAGCAAUUGACGCACUGGUCUCCCACUUUCUGAGGAUGAAAAAUGAUGAGCGAGAAAUGCCUGUACUUUGGCAUCAGUGUCUUUUGGCAGUAUGCCAGCGAUACAAGAACGAUCUGAAUCAGGAACAAAAGGCUGCCAUUAUGGACCUAAUCAGGUAUCAAAGUCACUAUCUUAUUUCGCCCGAAAUUCGACGUGAACUUGAGUCAAAAGAUCCUGAGAGCAGAGAAAGUGUCGUCACAAAAAUAGAAGUUGUGAAAAGAAAUGAUACUAUGGAGUUCUAAAGAAUGUACCGAUUUAUAUGUUAUACAGUUUAUUGUUGUCUACUUCCUGUUGGUAGCAAUUGUUACACUUGUUUCUGUUGUUUUCAUGUUAGUUGGCAUUGUUGUUAAAAUGUUUCCUGCAAAUUCUGUUCGAAUAUAGAUUUUAU